UAUAACCGGACAUGAUCCCAACUACUGUGAAUUGUUUCAUUUUGUGGUUUCCUCUUUAAUGUUUAAGUCGUAAUUAUUUACUGAUCAAUUGUUUUGAAAAGCGACAAAAUGAGAAAGAUGAGGAAGAUGCCAAGGAAGAUUAUCACGUUUUGAGAAAUAAAUGUAAAACGCAGUGUCAGAAGAUUUGGGGGGGGGACAUGAGCUCUGAUGAAGAUGUGGCAGCUGCAUCAAGACAUACUCAUUUCAUAGGCAAGAAAGAGAAUAUAAUUCAAGCCAGACGAGUGGUGAAGUCAGUUGGUGAAAGAGAUGUUUUGGUGAUUUACCACCAGGGGGACUUCUAUGCUAUUGAUGUGCGCUGCUAUCACUCUGGAGGUCCACUUCAGGAAGGAGAUAUAGAGGACUUUGAUGGACGGACAUGCAUAGUGUGCCCGUGGCAUAAGUAUAAAAUUACAUUAGCUGAGGGUGAGGGUCUCUAUCAGGCUGUGGACCCUUCUGUGAAGCCCCUGAAACCAAGCUGGUGCUCUAAAGGCAUUAAACAAAGAGUCCACACAGUGACAGUGUCUAAUGAAGAUGUGUUCCUCACCUUAAAUGACUCUCCAGGACCCAUUGACUCUGACUACUAUCAGACUGAGAAAUAUAGAAACACCUUCCUGAAAGAAGGGCCGAAGAAAACAAAGUGAAAACAAUUUUUGUACAAAAUUAAAGCAUUUAAAAGCAAACUUCCUGAUUAAACAUUAAAGCACACUAGUCUGAUAAACUGCUAAUUUUCAUAAUUCUUUAUCUCAUAUUGUGAAAAUUAUUCAUAAAAAAUGCUUUUUUCACUCAAAAAAUUAGGUGCCUACUUUCAGAUAAAUGAGGCUUAUGAUUAAUCAGAUGUAAAUAGAAACACAAAACCAGUCCUAAAUGAAAGAAAACAAGCUGACAAAAAGAAAGAAUCCAAUAUUUGGUGAUAAUAUAGCAUAAUGAGAGAUUUAUAAGCAAUUGUUUGGAGUACGGUCAUUUUUGACCAGGAACACCACAAGUGUGACUAGGUGAAAUAAAACCCACAAAAAAUGAUGAAAAUUGUAAAAAAAAAAUAAAAAAAAAAGAAUGAGAAGUACUUAUACCCUGUGCGAACAAAGUCAGUAAGUUUGAAUCCAAUGCGUUGACGUUAACUAGUAUUUUAGGGAAAAGGAAAAUCUUCUACGGGUCAAUUUGACCUGAACACAACCAGAGGGUUAAUCACUAAAUCAGACCACUAACAUGCUUUUCACAUGCAAUCCUGUAUCCAAUCCCAUGGAUUUUCGCACUUUUAUUACUCAGAUAUGCAGAUUUAGUGACAAGUGCACAGACAGCAAAAAAUAAAUAAAUAAUAAUAAUAAAUUAAAGCAAUGGUGGAAUAGGCACCUAAAAACAAGCUUAUGUAACUUUCCAGUACUAUCCAGUUAUGUUUUUAGUUAUCUUAGGAUGUUCUAAACUACUUCUAGUUUAUAACAAGUUGGGCACAUUCAUACUUGUGUUACAUUGUUAAUGAAAAUUAUUAUAAAUGUAGCUCAUAUCUGUAUACAGUCAUAGGAAAUUGAAAAGUAAAAUGAUGUAGUAUUAUAUUCCCUGUUUAAAAUAAAGAAUGAACAUAAUAUAUGCUUUUUAGUCUUUUAUUAAUAUUUUUAAUUCUGUGAACAGGAGGGAGGUCCUCAAAGCUGGUAAGGUAUUUGAUUUAAGUAUUGACAGUGAUGACAGUUGAACUGAUAGCGGAGUGUGUCACGGGGUCAGAGGAUGACAUGGAAAAAUGAGAGGCCAAGGAUGAAAGUGAAAGGAGGUGUUUGAAUGAGAGAAAAGGGUUUGUAAUCUGUGUGUAAAUAGGAGUGGUUAAGGCAGAUUUGAGGGCCGGAGGAUUGCUUAAAAUAGCAAAUGUGGAUAACAUUCUACGGCAACACCAAUGACCAAAAAAGACCUAGAAAAUAAGAUUGAAUGCAGGACGUAAUUUCCUUUCCAAUCAAUAUCAAGCAUUCAAUUCAUACAGGUUUAAUGAAAGUAAAUUUCAUGCUCAUUAUAGAACACACUAUUUUUAACAGUACAGGUGCAUCUCAAUAAAUUAGAAUGUCAUGGAAAAGUUCAUUUAUUUCAGUAAUUCAACUCAAAUUGUGAAACUCGUGUAUUAAAUAAAUUCAAUGCACACAGGGUGCACACUGAAGUAGUUUAAGUCUUUGGUUCUUUUAAUUGUCAUGAUUUUUGCUCACAUUUA